CUUGAUAAUGUCAGUGUCGCGCAGUUCGGCGUAGAGAACUCUUCGAAAGUUUUUGUUACAUAUUUGUAUUGGUUAUUCUGUACGACGUACGCGUUGGUGAGCUAACCAAGUUAUCUUCAGUCAGCAGCUAUAUAAUAUUAAUAUAAAAUAUAAAGAAAUAAAUAUUUAAUAUAUAUAUAAAAUGUCGGAUUCGGAAGCGAGUAAUCUCUCUGAUAAUGAAAGUGAUCGUGGCGGUGGCGGUAGCGAAAGUGAUCAAGAAGAAAAUCACUCAGUAAAAUCCGCAGCUGGCAGCGAUGCAGGUAGUGUUGGUGAAAGAUCUCAUAGUGCUUCUCGCAGUAGAAGUCCAUCUAGAUCACGAUCUAGAAGUCCAUCAAGGUGGCGAUCACGAUCUCAAUCAGCAUCUGGUUCUGACGAUGGUAGAGGAGAUGAAGCAGAAGAAGCAAGAUCUGGUGAUGAAGAAAUGGUGGAACCUGAGGAAGAACCUGAAGGAGAAGAUUUGGAAGGAAGUAGUGAAUAUGAUGAAGAAGAAGAAGAAGAAGACGAUGAUAGGCCUCGCAAGAAAAAGAAAAAAGAUAAAUAUCGUGAUUUCAUUAUAGACGAAGCUGAAGUAGAUGAUGAAGUAGAAGAUGAUGAUGAGUGGGAAGAAGGUGCUCAAGAAAUUGGAAUUGUUGGAAAUGAAGUAGACGAAUUAGGUCCUACUGCUAGAGAAAUUGAAGGCAGACGUAGAGGAACAAAUCUUUGGGAUUCCCAAAAAGAGGAUGAAAUAGAAGAAUAUCUUCGAAAAAAGUAUGCAGACGAAUCUAUUGCUACUCGGCAUUUUGGAGAUGGGGGCGAAGAAAUGAGCGAUGAGAUCACUCAACAAACUUUGCUACCAGGUGUAAAAGAUCCAAAUCUAUGGAUGGUAAAAUGUCGUAUUGGAGAAGAAAAAGCCACAGUACUCCUGUUAAUGCGAAAAUUUAUAACAUAUCAAUUUUCAAACGAACCUCUUCAAAUAAAAUCCGUGGUUGCACCUGAAGGAGUAAAGGGUUAUAUUUAUAUAGAAGCAUAUAAACAGCCACAUGUAAAAGCAGCUAUUGAAAACGUAGGAAAUUUAAGAAUGGGUAUUUGGAAACAACAGAUGGUACCAAUUAAAGAAAUGACUGAUGUAUUACGUGUAGUUAAAGAACAGACAGGCUUAAAAGCGAAACAGUGGGUUAGAUUAAAAAGAGGCAUUUAUAAGGAUGAUAUAGCUCAAGUUGAUUAUGUUGAUUUAGCGCAAAAUCAGGUUCAUUUGAAAUUGUUACCCAGAAUUGAUUAUACUAGACCACGUGGCGCUUUAAGAACAGCACAAAGUGAAUCUGAAGCCUUAAAACGUAAAAAGAAAAGAAGACCAGCAGCCAAACCGUUUGACCCCGAAGCAAUCCGCGCUAUUGGAGGAGAAGUUACGAGCGAUGGUGAUUUUUUAAUUUUUGAAGGAAAUAGAUACAGUAGAAAAGGAUUUUUAUAUAAAAAUUUUACGACAAGUGCUAUUAUUGCCGAAGGUGUAAAACCAACUUUAUCUGAAUUAGAAAGAUUCGAAGAAGCUCCUGAAGGAGUUGAAUUAGAUUUAAGUGGAGCUCCAGGAACUGGUGCAUCUGGUAAUAAAGAAGAUUCAGCUGUGACACAUUCUUUUAGUACAGGGGAUAAUGUCGAAGUAUGUGAGGGUGAAUUGAUCAAUUUACAAGGAAAAAUUGUAUCAAUAGAUGGAAAUAUGAUUAUGGUUAUGCCAAAACAUGAGGAACUUAAAGAAGCUUUAGAAUUCCAAGCUUCUGAAUUACGAAAAUAUUUCACUAUGGGUGAUCAUGUUAAAGUUGUGGCAGGAAGAUAUGAGGGUGAUACUGGUCUGAUAGUUCGAGUAGAACAAAAUAGAGUAGUUCUAUUUUCUGAUCUUUCAAUGCAUGAAUUAGAAGUUCUUCCAAGAGACUUACAACUUUGCUCUGAUAUGGCAACUGGUGUAGACAGUUUAGGUCAAUUUCAAUGGGGUGAUUUAGUGCAGUUAGAUGCACAAACAGUAGGUGUGAUAGUUCGACUUGAACGUGAAAAUUUUCAUGUUCUUUCCAUGCAUGGAAAAGUUAUAGAAGCUAGACCUCAAGGACUUACAAAAAGACGUGAAAAUAGAAAUGCAGUAGCAUUAGACUCUCAACAAAAUACUAUACAGAAAAAAGAUAUUGUUAAGGUAGUGGAUGGUCCACAUGCUGGAAGAGGUGGUGAAAUUAAACAUUUAUAUAGAAGUUUCGCAUUUUUACAUUCACGAAUGUUUGUUGAUAAUGGUGGAAUUUUUGUUUGUAAAACGAGACAUUUACAACUUUCUGGUGGAAGUAAGUCUAAUAUAUCAUCCAUGUCACCAAUGACAGGAUUUAUGUCGCCGAGAAUUGCUUCACCAAUGCAUCCUAGUGGUGGUGGUUUCGGAAGAGGUGGAGGUGGAAGAGGCAGAGGUCGCGGCGGUGGAGCUAGACGUGAUAGAGAAUUGAUAGGAACUACUAUCAAAAUAACAGGCGGACCAUACAAAGGAAACGUUGGAAUAGUGAAAGAUGCUAUAGAUACAACUGCUCGUGUAGAGUUACACUCUACUUGUCAAACCAUUUCUGUAGAUAGAUCUCAUAUUGCAAACGUUGCAGUACUUACAAAAGAUGGUGGUUUCAGCAGUUAUAAUAGGACACCAGCAUAUGGUGGCGGACAGACACCAAUGUAUGCCAGAGAUGGGUCUAAGACUCCCAUGCAUGGUUCUCAAACACCUAUGUACGAAAAUGGUUCUCGUACACCUCAUUAUGGUUCAAUGACACCAUCUCACGAUGGUUCACGUACACCUGGACAAUCUGGAGCUUGGGAUCCAGCUGUUACCAAUACUCCUGCAAGAACAAAUGAUUUUGAUGGAUAUAGUAUGGAAGAAGGCGGAUCUCCAGGUUAUGCACCAGGAUAUCCUCCCACAGGUGGACCAUUCACGCCACAAACGCCUGGGACAAUGUAUGGUUCAGAACAGAGUUUCAGCUCGUAUCAACCAAGUCCAAGUCCAGCAGGAAGUGCUACUGCAAGUCCUAGUCCUGCAGGAUAUGUUGCUACUCCUUCACCAAGUGGUACUGGUUAUACCACUAGUCCUCAUGGAGCUUUCGCUACGCCUUCACCGAUGGGUUAUAGUCCUAUGACUCCUGGAGUAGCAGGUAGUCCGUAUAAUCCACAAACACCAGGCGCUGGUUUAGACACUGGCGUUGGUGCUGGAGUCAUUGGAGGAACUGAAUGGCAUACCACGGAUAUUGAAGUUCGAAUCCGUGAUUCUCAUCAGGAUCCUGCAUUGGCGGGUCAGCAAGGUGUUAUUAGAGGAAUAUCUGGUGGAAUGUGUGCAGUCUUCUUACCCGUAGAAGACAGAGUAGUGAAUUUGGUUUGUGAAGAACUAGAACCAGUAGUUCCAUCGCGGGGGGAUCGAGUCAAAGUAAUUAUUGGAGAAGACAGAGAAGCAGUGGGGACAUUACUCUCCAUAGAUAAUCAAGAAGGUGUGGUGAAAUUGAAUAAAGACGAAGUGAAGAUGUUGCAUUUGCGAUUUUUAUGUAAGAUGAAGGCACCGAAUACAUAAUUCUUCAUUCCAAGGCAAUUUUCUAAACUUGAAAAAGCUAACACUCGCAUGGAUAUGGGUAAAAAACUU